GGCUCUUCUUGGGUAACUGCGUUUCGGUAGGCUCCACGGAUUUGAAAGUUUGAUUACAUUACAGGAGACGAGAACCUGUUUCCUUGUUUUACCAGUCUUUCAUAUCUCAUCGCAACUUUGCUCAAACACACUGGUUUUUUUUUCUAGGAUCAUCCGUCCGCAUGCCCUGUUCUGGCGGGACAGCCCAGCUGCCGCGCCGUCCAUUGAAGUCCCAGGAUAGGAUGCGUGCCACGUGUUUCCGUGCCAAAGCUACUGGGGUCGUUUUCUUCUAUCAGCAUGCAAACGUCAAAAGUAUCAGAUACACCCUUGGAGUUUGUAGUGGAAUACUUGAGAAAAGCCAAAGAGAUAGCAGAUGGCAUUCCAACUCUUCCUAAAGAGCUGAAGACUUGUCUACAGAAGGCUCUGGAUAUUUCGUAUGGUCUAGACAUGUAUCUUGAGGAAAUGACCAGUCAUGAAAGUGAACAGCUUGGUGAGCUUUACAGGAAAACAGUGGCAUGCGACUGGAACAAAUUGCACCAGGAUGGAAAAACAUUGUUUAACCUUCCCAAAGAGUGUAUAACUGGUCAUGUUGAAGGUCAGGUCCUGAAGACACUUGUCGAAAUAACGAAGGCUAAGAGAGUCUUAGAAAUAGGCAUGUUUACAGGGUAUGGAGCUCUGUCAAUGGCCGAAGGCUUGCCAGAAGAUGGCACUUUAGUUGCCUGUGAAAUUGAACCUUAUCUAAAAGAAUUUGCCCAGCCUAUAUUCGACAAGUCCCCACAUGGCAAGAAGAUAACCGUGAAAAUUGGGUCUGCUAUGGAUACCCUAAAGGAGUUAGCAGCUGCAGGAGAACAGUUCGACAUGGUGUUCAUUGAUGCAGACAAACGCAACUACAUUGAAUAUUACACCUUUCUCCUGGACUAUAAUCUCCUCCGGAUGGAUGGCAUGAUUUGUGUGGAUAACUCUUUGUUCAAAGGCAGGGUUUAUCUGCAGGAUACAACGGAUGAAAAUGGCCUUGCCCUUCGAGAGUUUAACAAGUUCAUACAAAAUGAUUCCCGUGUACAACAGGUUAUUCUUCCUGUACGAGAUGGGAUCAGCGUUAUUAGAAGAGUUGCUUUAGGAUCAUCCAAAGAGAAAACUGAGGAUGGGAUCUUGAGAGACGAGGUUUUUUUUGGCAAGAAUGGGAAAAGUAUUCUGCAGCGCCUGAGGCUGGAUGGGAAGGCUGCGUACGUGACAGGGGGUGGCCAGGGCAUUGGAAGAGCCAUGGCACACGCGCUGGGCGAAGCAGGGGCAAAGGUCGCUGUAGUGGACAUCGUCAAGGAAAAGGCAGAGAGUGUGGUCAGUGAGCUUACUGUGAAAGGAAUACAAUCAGUAGCUGUUACUGCUGACAUUAGCAAGCCAGAAGAUGUUCAGCGAAUGAUUGAAACUAUUGCAUCAAAAUGGGGAACAAUUCACAUAGCAUGCAAUAACGCUGGAAUAAAUAUGAAUUCAGACAGUGAAGACACAUCUUUAGAAGAAUGGGACCAGACUUUCAACAUAAAUUUAAGGGGCACUUUCCUUUGUUGUCAAGCUGCAGGUCGUAUUAUGCUGAAGCAAGGAUAUGGGAAGAUAAUUAACACAGCAUCCAUGGCUAGCUUAAUAGGUUCCUAUAUAAGAACAGCACCACUUCAUCAGCAAUAUAGUCAAAUAGCCAAUAAACUUUUGGACCAUAUGGGCAGGAGUCCCAACUGCUGAGCUAAUCUGUAAAGCAGUAACAUGCUGGUAAAUAGAGGCCAAUGUAAAAAAGUGAUCAAUUACACACAUUAAGCAGAGUCCUUCAGGAAUUUACUUUAUUGGUCUGGACAUCUGUUAUAAUAUUGUCAUAAUGUAGAAUCAGAUGGUGCUGGGUUUUGCCAAGUUAGGUAAGAAAAUGUAGCAAUGAAAGUCCAAUUAAAAUGCAGAAUGGCAGUGUUAUAUCCAUCUGCUAGACAAAAUAAAAUCUGUAUUUGUUCUUAUGCAAAAGAAUAAAAGUGCUUGUUUCCUUUUUUACUGUGAAAGGGAACAUCAUUCAGUCCUUAUUUAGGAUACUAUGAUUUUGUGAUGUCACCUAUAGAUGAAUAAGAAUAUUAUUAAGAAUAUUCAGUUGAAUCAAUAAGAUAUUCAUAUCUUCACAAUUCCAUAGCUUACUAGGAAACAGUAUGUCACCACUAGUAAUGUAAAUCUUGGUUCUAAAAUAUCUUUACAUAAAACCAUAGUGAUCUAAAUAUUUCAUAAAAUUAAAUAACGACAAAAUGAGUCUAAGCUCAUCUAAGCUCCUAAGUUUUGGAAAAAAAUGAACUGACUUUACAUAUGGCAAAACGUUUUUAAAUUGGAUAAGAUACCCAUAAAAUAAAUAAACACCAUGGUGUUGGUAUGUAGGAAUUUCAAAUGUACACAAGUGCCUGUAUUUUCAAAUGUGCACUUGAGGAACAAAACAUCAUAGGUUUUAUUUGUCAGAUAAAGUCAUUUGAACAGCACUGAGGAUUCUGUAUUGUGCUUACUUCUGAAGGGAUGAUCACCUUUUGGCAUUUUUAGCUGCAAUGCUUCCUCUGUGCUAAAUAGAAUUUCGUUCUGAAUCAGAUUGGAAGCCUGUACAGUAGCUAAACACCUCCUCCAGCUCUGAUACCUGAGCUUGGCUGGCUUCAGAUUGCAUACGCUAGAGAAGUAAAUAUGAAAUCACAAUUCUGAAGAAUUUGGUAUUAUUUGAUUAAAAAUUAAGUAAACUGUAUACUUUCUUAGAGUGACUCCCAAGGAGUACACUGUGAGUUUCAAAACAUUGUCAUAUUUAUCAUUCAUGUGUGAAUCGAGGCAACUUGACAGUAGCUGGGUGAGAAGGUUAACUGCAGAAGUUGUAUAUAACUUGGAACCUGCGUGUAAUAAUUAAUCAUCUGAUAGAAAGUGGACCCAUCCCUCGUCUCUCAUGCAGUGUACAACAUCUGUGAUGGUCAAGGCAGCAAAUGGUGUGCUUUGUUACUAAAGGCCAUGAGUAGCUAAACAUCUGAUUCAUUCGGUACAGUUUUAUCAUGGAGCCCACUGUGCCUAUUAAAUAUUAUUCAUUAACAUUCAGUACAAAUUAUGCAGUGUUGGAAACAGAGGUAUGUCAAAAGGAAUAAUACACCAGCGACAAUUUCAAAUUGUAUGGGUCUAAAAUUAUGCCAUUAUUCCCAUGAUUUUAGAAUACUUUUCAUAUAAACAUUGCAACGAGAUUGAAGAACAUUUCUAGCAACAUUUGUACAACACUUCUGUAGGUCAGGUUUUAAAUACCCAAGUGGACAUGGAGAAACGUGAUUCUGUUGCCCUCUGGGAAAACAGCACAUACAGUACAUUGUUCAGUUUAGGCAAGUAUCAGAACAGACUAAAAGAGUUGUUGCCAAACAACUUGGCCCUGAUCCCAAAAGAUUAAAAUAGUGUAAAAUAAGAACUGUAGAAUUUAAUCUAUUCGAAAUGCAGGUUAAAAAUCCAGAGCGUUUGUUCUUCUGACAGUAGCACUGUUCUUCAGAUUCAUUCAUAUUUAAACACAUUCUGAGUAACCUCAUCUU